CCAGUAGUAGCUUAAUUAGCAGCAGGAGUAGCAUCCAGCAGCUAAUAACUAAAGCAGACGAACCCAUCUAGGGAGGACUGCUUUGGGAAGGCGGUGGCUUAACUGUUGCCAAAGCAUAAGGUUGGUGUGUCGUCAUGCGGAGGGGAGAGCAUGCCCCACAGGCUUUCCAGGCCCCUGUAGAUGUUCAUGCCAGCGCAGAUGGCCAGGUGUAUAUGUUCAAGAGGAGGCCAAACGAAAACGCAGUAUCCUCAGAUGAGGAGGAGGUCAGCGUUGUGGAGAUGAGGCAGAUGAAGCGGGACAGACAGAAUAAUGUCCAGCUGCUGGAGCGCGAGGUUUUAGAUGGAGAUAAUCUCAACAAGAUUGCACUGCAAUAUGGCUGUAAGGUGGCAGAUAUAAAGCGGAUUAACAACCUUAUGCACGAUCAAGAUCUAUUUGCAUUGAAAUCUAUCAAAAUACCAGUUCAGAGACACAGUGUUUUAACAGAGACUUUGUCAGACUCAACUGAUCUUCAAGAGGGAAUGCCACAUUCAGCUCCUGCACCAGUGAGGUCUCACGACAGAGCCAGAGCCCAGUCACAUCUACAGGAGGUCACAGACUUUCUAAUGGAAGUCGAUAGUGAUAUCGACAAAUUGAUUCAGACCACAACUGAUCACGACGAGGAUUUCUUGGACAACAGUGAGAAGCCGCAAAGGUUCAGUUUCAGACGACCGCGCCUGAGCAGCCACGGUGCCGACUGGGGAAUCCAGUGGUGGAACGCUGUAAUAGCAAUGCUCCUGAUCGGUAUUGUCCUGCCAUUAUUUUAUGUCAUUUAUUUUAAAACUAGAGAUAAUGGAGCUUCACCAACAGAUGCUGCUUUACAGCUAUCUACCUCUUCAAACACUUCAGGGACAGGCCUCGGUACAAGAGCGCCCGAGCAAUUUCAAGAGCCAGGAUAGAGAAGUAAUCAGAAAUCCAGAAGCAUCUUUAAGAAUGUUGUAAUUACAUGACAAUCAUAAAGCCAGCCGAAUCAGUAUUUUUCCCAAAACUAAGUGGUCUUAAAUCAGCAGCCCCCCCCCCCCCCCAAAUUAUGCCAUAACUGUGAUCCUUGAUGCAGAUCCUUGAGACACUAAU